AUGCCACCAACGAACCGCCCCCCACCAUUUUCCACCAUUCUUUCUUCCGCGUCCCUUCCUUCUUACUCUUCAACAGAUGAAUUAACACCAAUAUAUCAAGGCGCUGAAGCGCACCUCUACAAAACUACGUUCCUCUCACCGUCCCAGCCCGCCGCGCUCAAAAUCCGCCCGUCAAAACCCUACCGGCACCCGAUCCUCGAUCGCCGCCUAACCCGCGCCCGCAUAUUACAAGAAGCGCGUUGUCUCCAGAAGUUAGUGAAAGAGGGUGUAUCGGUCCCCGCAUUAUUGGGUGUGGAUUGGGAGCCGAGUGCUGGAGAUGGGAGCUCUUGGCUUGUUAUGGAAUGGAUUGAGGGUGAGCCUGUCAGGGUUAUUCUGGAGGAAUGGGAGGCAUAUUUGAAAGGCAUUGAGAGGGAAAAGAGGCUGGGCUUGGGAGAGGGUGUGCAAGGGAGCGAGGAGGAGAAGGUUCGCGGGCUUAUGCGGAGGAUUGGGAGGGCUGUUGGGGGGUUGCAUAGAGCGGGUGUUAUACAUGGGGACUUGACAACGAGCAAUCUUAUGCUGCGCCCUUUGGGCUCUGCAGAUACGACUGAAACCAUAGAGGAGAGGGAUCAGUCACCCUCUAUGGCAGGUGAAGUUGUCAUGAUUGACUUCGGACUCGCGAUGCAGAGCUCCCAGGAUGAGGACCGCGCGGUGGAUCUCUAUGUCCUAGAACGGGCUUUUGGGAGCUCGCAUCCACGAACGGAAAGGUUUUUCGAGGAAGUUCUUGUUGGGUAUAGAGAAAGUUAUAAGGGUGCGGUCUCGGCUCUGAAGAGACUGGAAGAUGUGAGGAUGAGAGGAAGGAAGAGGAGCAUGAUUGGGUAG